AUGGAGAGUUCAACCCAGUCUAUGCAAUUGGACAAGACUCUAGCAUGAUACUUGGAGAAGUUUUUUCUGGAGAAUAAUGAAGCCAUUAACAAGAGAAUUUCAAAGAAUCAUUGUAUAAAUUCUUAUGAAAUUAUUGGGAUGAAAACAAAAAGCAUCAUGAUUUUAUUAUAGAAGAUAUAGAGCUCUAUUUUAAUUUGAAUUGUUAUAAAGAUGUGAAAUUUAUUGAGAGAUUACCGUUCUGUGUAAUCUCCAGUGCUCAGGAAUUGGAGGUAGACCAAAUAAAAAUCAGAAAUAAGCGAGUAAUCAAAUUUCUCAGUUCCUCAUUUCCUCAAAAGGUUUCUGAGUUUUCUUUGGUUUCUGCUUUUGGAUAUACUCCGAAUAUCUUCCCUUAUUUCAAUGUUCUUUUGAGACAAAGUUCAAGAGUUACGAAUGUUAUUUGAAUCGGUGGGUUCAAACUUAAUGAUCGUCAAUUCAAGAGACUAAUGGUUUCAUACGCUCAUGUUCAUGAAAUUAAAUUAUGUAGCUGUAACCUUUCUCUCCCAGCUACUAUGAGCUUUGAUGGAUUAUUGAAAAAUACAAGAAUUCAGAGUAUAGAUUUAUCUUAUUCUGAGCAUAAGGUUAAUUCAGUUCGAAUGAACAAUCUCGAUGGAUUCAAAAGGUUGAUUCAAGUAUUAGGCUCUUCUCCCAAUUUGAAACUCACCCUCAAAGUUAUCAACAUCUCUUGUUUUCAGAUUGAAGAAAGUGAUGCAAGAGAGAUUCUGAAUGAAAAUGAAUUAGGACAAGUCAGUUUCAUAGAUGAAUAAAAUUACAAAGAUUCUCAAAAAGAAGAAUCAGUGUUAGAGUUUUAUGCUUUCUGAUGAUAAGAACACAGCUUCAAGGCAUUUUUCUUUCAGAAACCUGUUACAUAGCAUGAGAGGUCUCUUCGUGUUGUUUUUCACACUUUCUCACUAAUUUCCAAAAUUUGCUCACCAUAAAGCAAUCGGUUGUGAAUAU